AUGAACGCGAACGAUAUAUCGGUAACGGUUAGUGCACCGGCAUCACCCCUUGCCGCUUCUCCUGAGCGUGUCCGCAAGUAUGGGCCACGGACACCUGCUCUUGACACAAUUUCUGAAGUGGACUUGACUGGUCGGACAGUUCUCAUCACGGGAACAACUGCCGGCAUUGGUAUGGAAACGGCUCGAACAUUAGCUCUGAAAGGAGCCCAUGUGAUCAUGGCGAAUCGGAAUAUCGUUCUAGCUGAGGCGUUGAAGAAUCGAAUACUUGCAGAGAAGCCGGACGCGAAAGUCGAUUUGAUCAUGUGCGAUCUGAGUUCCCUCCAGUCUGUACAGGCAGCCGCACAGGAGUACAAGGAACAGCAUUGGCCUCUCCAUGCGCUCAUACUAAAUGCAGGUGUCUUCAUGCCAGCGCAAAAGACUACGAUAGAUGGAUUGGAGACGUCAUUCGGUGUGAAUCACGUGGCUCAUCAGUAUCUUGUUCGGGAGCUUUUGCCGCUGCUGAGGCAGUGCAAGGCAAGGGUCGUCGUCGUCUCCUCACAUUCACAUAAUCAUACUGGGGUAAGUUUCACUAUUCCACACUCAGGCCCAAAAAGGUAG